AUGUUAUUCUUUCCAUGCCUCACCGGGCUUCUGCUAUAUACGUCCGUAUAUGGCAAGCCAGCAGACCUCACAUAUGCCAGUGGCAUAAUCUUUCCGGCAACAGCGCCUGUAGCAAGUGGCAUUAGUUUCUCUCGUGCUACGGGUGCUUAUACAGGAAUAGCUACUGCGACAGGAGCAUUGACGGGUUCUAUUCGCGGGACCGCGAUUUCAGGAAGGCCACCCGGCCCUGAGGCCACAAGAUAUCAAAGUGAUGGCCGGCUUCACGAUCCGCAGCCAGCUCCAUAUGUCCCUGGAGGAGGACUUGGUACCAAUGGAACAAUGCCAGCCUAUAACGUGCAGAGUGAUUAUGACUAUCAAUCAGUUGCACUGUUGCUCUACGCCAGCUGGCUCCAACUCGACCUGUUCGAUACCGGAUUGUCUCAAUUCUCCCAGCAGGACUUUCUACAAGCCGGAUUAACUGCCAAUGACUUCAAUUUGAUCCAAUUUAUGCGAGGUGAAGUAUUGGGACAGGUGACUGUUUUGAAAAAUAUCUUGGGAAGUUCAGCUCCCACUCGAUGCGCGUAUCGGUAUCCAUUUAAGACUUUACCCGAAUUCAAUGACUUUUCACAAAAGAUGGCCAAAGUCAUAGAAUCAACAGUAUAUGGCUUUGCACCGCAUUUAGAUGCCCGAGGAUCUGCUCAGGUACUAUUGCAGGCGAUUGCUAUUACAGCUCGCCAACAAUUAAUUUUUCGUCAAUUCGAGGGGUUAUUUCCGAUUCCGGUAUGGUUUGAGACAGGCAUUCCUCAGGCUUGGGCGUGGACUUUUAUCGCACCGUAUAUGAGUUUCUGUCCUGGCAUCAACCCAAGGCUCGUGUGGCAGAACUUUCCAGCUCUCAGAAUCAUCAACCAACCGAACCCGUUCUCGUCCAACGCAACUGCUGGCACGAACACAACAUUGGGCCCCGGAUUAGGUGCUGCUAAUAUUUCUUCCAUCCCACCUCAAUCGAUUUGUUUGAAUUCAACUUGUACGCCGUCAAUCAGCAGUAACCGUACCACUCCGCUGUCACAACCAGACCAGAUCGUGAAAUUGUCUUGGGACAAACCCGGAAUGCGCAUUGGCCCUAACAACAGCUACACCACAACAUCUAUGGGUAAACAACCGGCGUAUUUGGCGUGGGUUACCCAAUUGAACAUCACGUACACUCCUAUCACCGGUGCCAGUAAUAGCUCCAAUGGGACUUCGGCACAAGCUACGCAGCCAAGAUUUGAAACGUUUGCAGGAGAUCCAGGUGUUAACGGCACAAUAUUUGUGGCAAUUACUGACGCAAAUCCCUUCGUUACACCGUUUAAUUUGAGUUUAUUGAACCCGCAUAUUGUUGCUGGUCCAGCGGUGUACCAGGCUGGUUGA